AAACAAACCCAACCCAAUUUCUUUCUCUCUCUCUCAUUUCCAAAAUCAGUUUGUGGGGGCACCCUUUGUUUCUUUUGUCAGAAUUCUGGGACUAAUCUAAAGAGACAUCAAAUACAAAAAAAUAAAACAAAUAAAUAAAAAAAAAAGCAAAAGCAAUAUCCUUACUAAACAAUAAAUAAAGGAAAAGAAAAAGACACCAGAGUUACUCUAAGCUCAUCUUUUCUUUUUGUCUCUCCCUAAACCACCCUUCUUCUUCUUCCUCUUCUUCUGUUUAGAACUCUCUACUCUUUGCUAUAUUUCUCUCUUCAUUUCCACUCUCACAUGAAGACAGUCAUGGCCAAAAACAAUCUAGACUCCUCCUCCUCAAAACGACACUUCCACUGGACGAAGAAGGUCGGAAACGAAGAAAACGACGACGUUGAGCCUGAACCAAAACCCUCUUCUUCUUUUUCUGCGGAUGAAGUGGAGAAGAAAAAGGAGAUAGUGGCCGAGGUACUACAGGGUCCUACACCUACCGCAGAGCCAGACCCAGCUCGAAACGCAGCUCAGGCUCUAAAGAAGAAGCUCCCAGCAGUGGCAGUGGCCCGACUCCGGUCAGUCUUGACAGCCUUCGGGCGGAACCGAGCGGGGCUUUCUUCCGGACUGGGAAACCGGGUGGUGGGGACACUGUUCGGGUCGAGACGAGGCCACGUGCACUUCGCGUUCCAGAAGGACCCAAACUCAGAACCAGCGUUCCUGAUCGAGCUAGCCACGCCGAUAAGCGGUCUGGUCCGGGAAAUGGCGUCGGGUCUGGUUCGAAUAGCUCUAGAGUGUGACAAGGAGAGAGAGAGAGAGGAGGAAAAGUUGAAAAAAGGAGGAAGAGGAGGAGGGGUCAGAUUGUUAGAAGAAAAUAUUUGGAGGACUUAUUGCAAUGGCAAAAAAAGCGGAUUUGCUACCAGGAGGAAUUGUGGGCCUAAAGAUUGGAAGAUUUUGAAAGCUGUUGAGCCCAUUUCAAUGGGGGCCGGUGUCUUACCUGGGCUUGGGCUUGUUGAAGAGAAUAAUAACAGCAAUGAUAACAAGGCUUCUGGGUCUGAUAAUGGUGGAGGAGAUGGUGGUGGUGGUGGCGGUGAGCUCAUGUACAUGAGAGCUAAGUUUGAGAGAAUUGUGGGGUCCAGAGAUUCUGAAGCUUUUUAUAUGAUGAACCCAGAUAGUAACGGUGCUCCUGAGCUUAGUAUCUACUUGCUUAGAGUUUGAUUCACCUAUAUUUGUUUUCCUAUACUUGUUCUAGUUUUUUCUUUUUGGGAUAUUUGGAGAAAGUGAUUUAGUGGUUUUUUUGGGGGGGGUAUUUUGGUAGUUUAGGGUGGAGGGCAAUACAAUAUAGUAUACCGUUAAGGUGUUGGGGGUGGGGUCAAUGAAGGUGUAUAUGUAUAGUGUUUUUCUUUUUGGGAAGGGGUUUAAUCCUUUUAUUAAGUGAUUAUGAGACAAAAGAGGCCAAUGCAAUCAUCACUGUCUUUGCAUUUUGGUUUUUUUUUUCUUUCUUCUUUUUCAUCAUACAGUGCUCAAGUUAGUAUUGGUUUCAACUCUCAAUCAACGAUGAGAACAAAAAGAUUGGCCAAAUUUGUAAAGAAAUUCCUGCUUUUAUAAUUGUAUUUAUUUUGUUUUAUUUUCCCUUU